AGUCUUUAACGGACAUCUGUCGAAGCAGUUCGUACAAUCAGCUCAGCGGUGUUAUUCAGUUGUUGUUAUUGAGUUGUAAAUCCUAAAACGGUUUCUGGUAUUAUCCAAAUAAGCUCCGAAAUGAAGCAAUUAGAUGUCUGUGUGACGCUCUCGCUGCUUCUGCUGCUGCUCCAGGCACCCCUUCAACUAGCCCAAACCCAGCCCCACUCCAAGAGCCCAGCUGACGUCAUGGCCGACUCAGAGAGCACAAAUUUAGCCGAAUUCUCGCGCCGGCUGGCCAAGUUUUCGGUUAACAUGUAUGGAAAACUGGUUGCCUCGAAGCCCAACACAAAUGUCGUCUUCUCGCCCUUCUCCAUUCAGACCUGUGCAGCAAUGGCACGUUUGGGGGCUGACGGGGAGACUGCCGCCGAGUUGGAUCGGGGCCUUCAGCUGGUAUCCAGCGAUGUGGCCAAAAUAGCCGAAAGCUUUCACCAAGUGCUGGCUGCCUAUGAGAAGAGCACCAUUCUGCGCAUCGCCAACAAAAUCUACUUGAUGAAGGGCUACGAAUUGAAUGAUGAGUUCAGCGCUCUGGUCUCCAAUAAGUUUCUAUCGCCCGGCCAGAACGUGGACUUUUCAAAGAAUGUGGAGGCAGCAAAUCUAAUCAACACCUGGGUGGAGCAGCAGACGAAUAACCUGAUCAAGGAUCUCGUCGCACCCAGCCUACUGGACGCGCAGACGCGUCUGGUGCUGAUCAAUGCGAUUCACUUUAAGGGCAACUGGGUGCACAAAUUCCCGGAGCAUGCCACGCGCGAUGAGCGUUUCCAUUUGAGCGAAACCGAAAGCGUCAAUGUGCCGAUGAUGAAUCUGAAGGAACGCUUCCGCUAUGCCAAUCUGCCCAAUCUGGAUGCCGCUGCCCUCGAAUUGCCCUACAAGGACUCGGAUCUGUCCAUGCUGAUCUUGUUGCCCAACAGUAAGACGGGCCUGGCACAGCUUGAGGAGAAGUUAAGCACCACGCCGCUUUCUCAGAUCACGGAGCAGCUGCAAAGCACCCAGGUGAUGGUCAAGCUGCCCAAGUUCAAGGCCGAGUUCCAAGUGGAGCUGACACCCGCCUUCAAGGAGCUGGGCAUGACGAGCAUGUUCUCUGAUAAGGCAGACUUUAGUAAAAUGCUGAAGGCACCCGAGGAGUUGAAGGUGUCUGCUAUCAUACACAAGGCUUUCAUCGAUGUCAAUGAGCAUGGAACUGAGGCAGCGGCAGCCACCGUCUUAACCAUACACCUGAGAGCGAGGCAAAUGCGGGGGCCCCAACGCUUUUAUGCCGAUCAUCCAUUCCUUUACUAUAUAGUCAAUAAGCAGGUUGCGGUGCUCUUUGCCGGGAAAAUGCAAAAGUUUUGAUAUAAUCUCAGACAAUGAAUUCGCUAAUAAAUCCUUUCAAUUACUAUGUUUAUUACUAAAUACUCGAUUACAGUAAUAAAAUGUAUUGUCGAUAUCCAUAGAAGUAGGGAUCUUCUUGUUAAUCUCAGUCGUUGAACAUUAUUAAUCAUUCGCAGUUUAAUGUUUAUCUCUCAUAUUAAUGAAAUGGGUCAAAAUUGCGACGAUUUUGAAAUAGAUUUUAUUCUACUAAUAAUGCAUAUUUACCCACCUACAUAUUUAGUAAUAAAAUUGCAGAAAGCAUGUCGAUGGGUAUUUUCUCUUUGUGUAUCCAAUAAACCAUAAGUUCUCUUGGUUUCAUUUCUACAGAAAUGCUGGAUGUGUUGAUGCUUGAGCCGGAUCCAAUUGAUUUUAAUGCAGAUCACCCCUGUCUUUAUUAUAUAAUCAAUGGGCAGGAUGCUGUAUUUUUUGCUGGCAAGCUGCAACAGUUUUGAGCAAUGCAAAGCCAAUUUAACUAUUUCCAAUCAAUGAACUAAAGAAAAGAUACAUUCACAAAUCAUUCCCUUUUGCAUGGCAUAGAUUUUGUUUUAUAGAUUAUGAUUGAGAACAGUAAAUAACUUUGAGUAUCACACUAUCACGUGGCUCACAAUCAUUUGGCAGUGGGUAUUGUUGUAUCGUA